GCCACCGCCCAUCAGCUGAGAGUCUAGCUGGGGUGCCUGGGGCCGGUGGGUGCCUGGGGCCGGCGGAGGAGGAGGAAGCCGAGGAGGUGACUGCUUAGGUGACAUCUGAUGAAAUUAGUGAAUAAGCAAAUCAGCUAUGUCUUACACUCCGGGUGUUGGUGGUGACCCUGCCCUCCUGGCCCAGCGUAUCUCUUCCAACAUCCAGAAGAUCACACAAUGCUCUGUGGAAAUACAGAGGACGCUGAAUCAACUUGGAACGCCUCAAGAUUCACCUGAAUUGAGGCAACAGCUGCAACAGAAGCAGCAGUAUACUAACCAACUUGCCAAAGAGACCGAUAAGUACAUUAAAGAGUUUGGAUCCCUGCCCACCACACCCAGCGAACAGCGUCAAAGGAAAAUACAGAAGGAUCGCUUAGUGGCUCAAUUCACGACAUCACUGACAAACUUUCAAAAGGUCCAGAGGGAAGCUGCCGAGAAAGAGAAAGAGUUUGUUGCUCGAGUGAGAGCCAGUUCCAGAGUAUCUGGUGGUUUUCCUGAGGACAGCUCAAGGGAGAGGAAUCUUGUAUCCUGGGAAAGCCAAGCUCAACCUCAGGUGCAGGUGCAGGAUGAAGAAAUUACAGAAGAUGACCUCCGCCUUAUUCAUGAGAGAGAGUCUUCCAUUAGGCAACUUGAAGCUGAUAUUAUGGAUAUUAAUGAAAUAUUUAAAGAUUUGGGGAUGAUGAUUCACGAGCAAGGAGAUGUGAUAGAUAGCAUAGAAGCCAAUGUGGAAAACGCAGAGGUGCACGUUCAGCAAGCAAACCAACAGCUAUCAAGGGCAGCAGAAUAUCAGCGCAAAUCCAGGAAAACCCUGUGCAUCAUCAUUUUUAUCAUUGUCAUCGGACUUGUAAUUCUCGGUCUCAUCAUAUGGAAAGUGAAAGGCUGAAUUCUAAAGGAGCACACGGUUGCACUACAUUCUCUAAAUUAUGUACAAAGAUUCCUGUAAUCGUGGGUUUUUAUUAUUAUUAUUAUUUUAAAGCCAUUGCAUAAAGGAUGACUCCCAUAAUUUUUUUUAUUUGGCGGGGGAAGUUUCUUUUGGAUUCAAUCGGGUAUUUUCUAACACUGAAAGUUUUUCUCAGUAUCACUGCUGGCAUAACUUCUGUGGUUUUCGAUCUAGUAACUCUGAGGUUUUGUCCACAAUGUAUAUGCCUUUCAUUUAUAAUUUAUUUGCCCUGUUGUCUUAGCUUCUGGGAUCAGUAAAUUUAAAGGUGUGUCUGUUUGUGUGUGUGUGUUCUGUGUGCAUCUGUCUCUGUCACAGAGUGACAUGCACCCAGAUUUGUGUGACUUCAAUUAAAAAUCUCAAAUGUAAUUUUGAUUUGGGCCAGCAGAGGAAAUAUUCUUAAUAACUUAAAAAAAAUUAACCUACCUGUUUGUGCUGUUUUGUUUUGUUUUCUGGGUUAUAGCAGCACAUGUUACCUAUUUUAUUUAACUUUGAUUGUUAGUUUUCUCUUAAGACCCUUGUUUACUUCUAAAUGAAAUCAGUGAAUAAUUUCUUAGAAUAUCUCAUCCUCCUGAUGUGUAUAUAUAUAUAUUAAGCAUUUGCUGUAGAUUGCCUAGUAAAAUACUAAGGAUAAUUGUUUUUGCAUAGGACCUGUUUAAGUCUGACGCUUGCUGGGGUAUGUGUAGUCACCAUAAGUGUUUCAUGUAAUUUGGAGGAAGAGAAUGAAAAAUCAGUUCAUGCUAUGUUAGAAAUCUGAAGAUCCAACUUGUUAUUCUGUUGUAUACUUCCACAGCUAUUAGGAUGGGAAAUUAAUUACCUUCCCUGAAAUCCUUUGGAAUUAUGGCUACAUGUGUAUCCUUGAGUCAGAAUUACUUUUGGGGAGCACCUCUCCCAGAAUUGCUGUUUUUGAGCACUAACACUUAAAAUUUAAUGUUUACCUUGCAUACUGUUUUGUACCAUCCUUCAUUAGAAAACGAUUUGGAUGUUUGCCAGUUAACUCACUUGCCUUUUUAAAUCAAUGUUGUUUUGAUGCACUAAUCUGAAUACUAUAAAGAAGAUUGUCUUAGUUUAUAGUUUGUAUUUUAUAACAAUGUUCUUAUAUAGCAGUUUGAUAGUGAAGUCAGUGUUUUACAUGGCGAGCUAUGAGACUCCAAAUGGGAACAAAUAAAAUAUUAAGUGAAUAAAGUGUAUCUUUGCAACCAAAAUAAAGAUGAUUUUAAAAGUG